CGUUAUCUGCUUUGGUCCCCCAACAGGAGUCCCCAUUAUUUUUUCCUCGUUUGAAAUGAAACGAGACCUUCUUGGGUUCUUUUCCCCUUUCAAAUCUACUGGAGCAGUUGUCCAUUCUUCUUACCUCGAGCCUUUGUAAUGAUCGCAUUAAGUGUUACGCAGUUUUGUUGCUUUUGUUUUUAACGUGAACUAACAACGCGGACAAGAUGAACCUGAUGAGAUCGCGGAGUGCCAUGCAGUCCAGACAGCGACUAGAAAAGUACAGGAUUGGCCUUCCUUCUAAAUCACUGAUGGUCAUGAACUUGCCGGAUGAUAGCCAGUGGGAUGAAACCACCUGUGACCAGGCUGUCUGUCAGCAUCCGCAAUGCUGGGCAUCUAUUCGCCGCGUUGAGAGGGGCCAUCCUCGAAUCAUGGGAGCACCUGACAAAUCCCCCCUGGAAGCUAGAGAAAAACUCCCAGUGCUCACUAUUAUGAACAUGUCAGAUUCCAGCUUGCAGACCAAGCGACUUGCUAACCAACAGUUAUCACACUUCCCCUAUAGAAAGACUUCAUUGUCUCCGGGUUCAAAGCUUAAAUAUAAACAUUCCAGCAGGCCUCAGAGGUUACCUAACAAAAAUGAGAUGAAUCAAAUUAAGUUUCCAAAACUUUCAAUAUUGAAUUUCAAUGGGACAGAACUACCUUACUCUGAAACUGCCAGAAACAUGGUUGUAGUCUGGAUCCCAAAAGAUGUAGAGAAGAAAGAGGGCCUUUUGCCAGAUGUGGAUAGAGAUGUUCCUUGUUCAGAGAUGAAGAUACAAUUAGCCAUGAUGAAAAAUAAUCUGCCCUUGAAAAAGGCUAGACCCGGUAGUGCGAUUUCUUCUAAGAUGUUUCUAACUAUACACGGCCUCACGCUGCAAAGGCGUUCAUGGCAACAACCUGAAUAUUUGAUGAAGUCACAGAAGAAAGAAGGUUCCCUGAACAAGCAGCUCCCAUCGUUGCUGUGGCACCAGCAACAGCUUCAGAAGAGGAAGGCAAAGAUCUCAGCUAAAAAACAGAGUAGACAGAAGUCGGCAAUGUCCAAGGACUUGCUAAAAGAAACUGACAAGGAAGCCAAGAUUGUCUCAGAGAAAGAGAAAAUUCCAGGUGAUACAACUCCUUCAAGUGAGGAAAGUGCCCUGAAGCUGGAGCAAAUGGAGAAAGCAGAUGCUAUGAGACUGGGUUCUAUGGCAAAUACAAUGAUGGAUUACUUUGAGAACUACUUGUCUUUCUUCCCCAGUCUGCAAAAUAUUGAUGUGUCUGAUACAGAAUACUUUCGGAAAGACUCUAGUCCCACUAAGCAGGAGUCAGACUACUCUUACAUAGAACCUAGUCCUAAGGAGCAGGAUAUAUUGGAAAUUCCAGUUGCCAGCCAAGAGACCGUCUUUACCAACUUUCCAGAGAAUCCAUCUGAAUAUUUCUGGAACCCUGAGCUCAAACUACUGAAGAUAAUUCAAGCUACUGCUGAGGAGGAGGAGGAGAACCAAUUCUUGCUGCAGAGUGAGGAGUCUCUGGAAGCAUAGGCACAGGCCCCACAGGGGGUGGGGGCAGCCUUGUCCUGGCAGGAUGAUCCACAUACUGAAGGCAAUGACCUUAGGCGCAGGGUAGAGGAGAGAGGGACUUUCACUCUCUGGAGCUUUUUCUAGGGUCUGAGUUUAGAGAUACUGCAUUAUUUAUUUGUACUACUUGCUUCUAAGCAAGCAAGUA